AUGUCCCUACUCCCGCCUGAGGUUCACUCGGCGCUCUCGCAGCUGCUGCGCGCCCUCUCCACCCCCGACAACGCCGUCCGCGCCCAGGCCGAAGACCAGUUGAACAAUGAUUGGAUUCAGAACCGUCCCGACGUCCUGUUGAUGGGAUUGGCCGAACAGAUCCAAGGCGCCGAAGAGGUGGUGACUCGCACAUUCUCCGCCGUCCUGUUCAGAAGAAUCGCGACAAAAACCCGCAAAGACCCCGUCACGAACGAAGCCAAGGAGCUCUUCUCGACCUUGAGUGGUGAACAGCGUCUAGUCAUCCGUGAGAAGCUGGUGACCUGCCUGACGAGCGAGUCCACUACCGACGUGCGCAAGAAGAUUGGUGACGCUGUCGCCGAGAUUGCACGUCAAUACACCGACAAUGGCGACCAAUGGCCGGAGCUCCUCGGGGUUCUCUUCCAGGCGAGCCAGUCCCCCGAUGCUGGUCUGCGAGAGGCCGCCUACCGCAUUUUCUCGACCACUCCGGGAAUCAUCGAACGGCCUCACGAGGACGCGGUGACCGGUGUGUUCAGCAAGGGAUUCAAGGAUGAUAACAUUGCCGUGCGCAUCGCGGCCAUGGAAGCCUUCGCCUCUUUCUUCCGUUCCAUCUCCAAGAAAUCCCAGCCAAAGUUCUUCUCGUUGGUGCCCGACAUCCUCAACGUGCUGCCUCCCUUGAAGGAAUCGUCCGAGAGCGACGAGCUCUCCUCCGCUUUCAUGGCCCUCAUCGACCUCGCCGAAAUCAGCCCCAAGAUGUUCAAGGGCAUGUUCAACAACCUCGUCAAGUUCAGCAUCAGCGUCAUUGCCGACAAGGAUCUCAGCGAUCAGGUGCGCCAGAACGCCCUGGAGCUCAUGGCAACUUUCGCCGACUACGCCCCCAACAUGUGCCGCAAGGAUCCCGAGUUUGCCCGCGACAUGGUCACCCAGUGUCUGAGUUUGAUGACUGAUAUUGGAGUUGACGAUGACGAUGCGGCCGAAUGGAACGCUUCUGAGGAUCUCGAUCUCGAAGAGAGUGAUCUCAAUCAUGUCGCUGGUGAGCAGUGCAUGGACCGUCUGGCCAACAAGCUCGGUGGACAGGUGAUCCUGCCCGCUACUUUCAACUGGAUCCCCCGUAUGAUGUCGUCGUCCGCUUGGCGGGAUCGCCACGCCGCGCUCAUGGCUAUCUCCGCCAUCUCCGAGGGCUGUCGCGACCUGAUGGUCGGCGAGCUGGAUCAGGUGCUGGCCCUGGUUGUCCCGGCCCUUCAGGACCCCCAUCCCCGUGUGCGGUACGCCGGUUGCAACGCCUUGGGCCAGAUGAGCACCGACUUCGCGGGCACCAUGCAGGAGAAGUACCACCAGGUGGUGCUCAGCAACAUUAUCCCCGUGUUGGACAGCACUGAGCCGCGUGUCCAGGCGCACGCUGCCGCCGCGCUGGUCAACUUUUGCGAGGAGGCCGAGCGCAAGAUCCUCGAGCCCUACCUCGCGGAUCUCCUCCAGCACCUGCUGCAGCUCCUCCGCAGCCCUAAGCGCUACGUUCAGGAGCAGGCACUCUCCACCAUUGCCACCAUCGCUGACUCCGCCGAGAACGCGUUCGAUCAGUAUUACGAUACCCUCAUGCCGCUUCUGUUCAACGUGCUGAAGGAGGAGCAGUCCAAGGAGUACCGCCUGCUGCGGGCCAAGGCGAUGGAAUGCGCCACGCUGAUCGCCCUGGCGGUGGGCAAGGAGAAGAUGGGACAGGAUGCCCUCAACCUGGUGCAGCUGUUGGGUAACAUUCAGCAAAACAUUGUCGACGCAGAUGACCCGCAGUCUCAGUACCUGUUGCACUGCUGGGGCCGUAUGUGCCGCGUCCUCGGUCCCGACUUCGUGCCAUAUCUCCCCGGUGUGAUGCCACCUUUGUUGACCGUGGCGGCCGCCAAGGCUGACAUCCAGCUGCUGGACGACGAGGACCAGAUCGACCAGGUGGAGCAGGAUGAAGGUUGGGAGCUGGUGCCGCUCAAGGGCAAGAUCAUCGGCAUCAAGACCAGCGCACUGGAGGACAAGAACACGGCCAUCGAGCUGAUCACGAUCUACGCGCAGAUCCUCGAGGCGGCCUUUGAGCCCUAUGUGUUGGAGACGAUGGAGAAGAUCGCGGUGCCCGGCUUGGCGUUCUUCUUCCACGACCCCGUGCGGGUGUCGUCGGCCAAGCUCAUUCCCCAGCUGCUCAACUCGUACCGCAAGGCGCACGGUGACACGUCGCCUGGGUUCGCGCAGAUGUGGAGUAAGGUGGCGGAGAAGAUCAUCGAGGUGCUGAGCGCCGAGCCCACGGUCGACACCCUGGCGGAGAUGUACCAGUGCUUCUACGAGUCCCUGGAGGUGGUGGGCAAGAACUGCCUGACACCGGCGCACAUGCAGGCGUUCAUCGCGUCGGCCAAGUCGACACUCGAGGACUACCAGGUUCGGGUGAAGGCACGUCUGGAGGAGCGGGCCGAGGCGGCGGGCGGCGACGGUGACGAGGAAGAGAACCUGGACUACGAGUAUGCGGUGGAGGACGAUCAGAACCUGCUGAGCGACAUGAACAAGGCGUUCCACACCGUGUUCAAGAGCCAGGGCACGAGCUUCCUUCCCGCGUGGGAGACGCUCCUCCCGUUCUACGAUGCGUUCAUCACCAGCCAGGACCCGACGCAGCGCCAGUGGGCCCUGUGCAUUAUGGAUGACGUCCUGGAGUUCUGCGGGGCGGAGUCGUGGAAGUACAAGGACCACAUCAUGCAGCCGCUGGCCGCGGGUCUGCAGGACCAGAACGCUGCCAACCGGCAGGCGGCGGCCUAUGGCGUGGGCGUGGCGGCGCAGAAGGGCGGCCAGCCCUGGAGCGAUUUCGUGGCGGCCAGCAUUCCUAGCCUGUUCCAGGUGACGCAGAUUCCCCAGGCUCGCACCGAGGAGCACGUGUAUGCGACGGAGAACGCGUCGGCCAGUAUCGCCAAGAUCCUGCACUACAACGGCGCCAAGGUGGCCAAUGCCCAGGAGAUCGUGACCAACUGGAUCAACACGUUGCCGAUUAUCUACGACGAGGAGGCGGCUCCGUAUGCGUACUCGUUCAUUGCACAGCUGAUUGAUCAGCAAAACCCGGCGGUCAUGUCCAACGCCGACAAAGUGUUCGGUUACAUUGUGCAGGCGCUGGAGGCAGAGACGCUGCAGGGCCAGACAGCUGCACGGGUGGCCACCUCAGCCAAGCAGCUGGUCGCAGCGACGGGGCUGAACGCAGAGCAGAUCCUGGCGGGCGUGAAUCCAGACAACCAGGCCGCGGUGCGCAGUUACUUCCAGUAG